CACCAGCCAACCCCGAUCCCAGGUCUGACAGCGCCCAGCCCAGAUCUCCACUUCUGCCAGGAGCAAGCCGACAGCCAGCCGGCCGGCGCGCUCCAAAUCCGAGCCAUCUGUGUCCUUCGGCCCGAGCCCAGCGCCCUUCCCGGGACCCCUGCCCUGCGGGCAGCACUGCCACCCUGCCGGCCAUGGAGACCCCGUCCCAGCGGCGCGCCACCCGCAGUGGGGCGCAGGCCAGCUCCACUCCGCUCUCGCCCACCCGAAUCACCCGGUUGCAGGAGAAGGAGGACCUGCAGGAGCUCAACGACCGCUUGGCGGUAUACAUCGACCGUGUGCGCUCGCUGGAGACGGAGAACGCAGGUCUACGCCUUCGCAUCACCGAGUCUGAGGAGGUGAUCAGCCGCGAGGUGUCCGGCAUCAAGGCCGCCUAUGAGGCCGAGCUGGGCGAUGCCCGCAAAACCCUUGACUCGGUGGCCAAGGAGCGCGCCCGCCUGCAGCUGGAGCUGAGCAAAGUGCGAGAGGAGUUUAAGGAGCUUAAAGCGCGCAACACCAAGAAGGAAGGAGACCUGAUGGCUGCGCAGGCCCGCCUCAAGGACCUGGAGGCGCUGCUCAACUCCAAGGAGGCCGCCCUGAGCACUGCGCUCAGUGAGAAGCGCACGCUGGAGGGCGAGCUGCACGACCUGCGGGGGCAGGUGGCCAAGCUUGAGGCAGCCCUAAGUGAGGCCAAGAAGCAACUUCAGGAUGAGAUGCUGCGGCGGGUGGAUGCUGAGAACAGGCUGCAGACCCUGAAGGAGGAGCUGGACUUCCAGAAGAACAUCUACAGUGAGGAACUGCGUGAGACCAAACGCCGCCAUGAGACCCGGCUGGUGGAGAUUGAUAAUGGCAAGCAGCUGGAGUUUGAGAGCCGGCUGGCAGAUGCCCUGCAGGAGCUGCGGGCCCAACAUGAGGAGCAGGUGGAACAGUACAAGAAGGAGCUGGAGAAGACCUACUCUGCCAAGCUGGAUAAUGCCAGGCAGUCAGCUGAGAGGAACAGCAACCUAGUGGGGGCCGCCCACGAGGAGCUGCAGCAAUCUAGAAUUCGCCUGGACAGCUUCUCGGCCCAGCUCAGCCAGCUGCAGAAGCAGCUGGCAGCUAAAGAAGCAAAGCUGCGAGACCUGGAGGAUUCACUUGCCCGUGAGCGGGACACCAGCCGGCGGCUGCUGGCCGAGAAGGAGCGGGAGAUGGCAGAUAUGCGAGCAAGGAUGCAGCAGCAACUGGACGAGUACCAGGAGCUGCUGGACAUCAAGCUGGCACUGGACAUGGAGAUCCACGCCUAUCGCAAGCUCCUGGAGGGCGAGGAGGAGAGGCUACGCCUGUCCCCCAGCCCCAGCUCGCAGCGAAGCCGUGGCCGUGCCUCCUCCCACUCGUCCCAGACGCAGGGCGGGGGGAGCAUCACCAAGAAACGCAAGCUGGAGUCAGCUGAGAGCCGCAGCAGCUUCUCACAGCAUGCUCGCACCAGCGGGCGUGUGGCUGUGGAAGAGGUGGACGAGGAAGGCAAGUUCGUGCGGCUGCGCAACAAGUCCAAUGAGGACCAGUCCAUGGGCAACUGGCAGAUCAAGCGCCAGAAUGGAGAUGAUCCCUUGCUGACCUACCGCUUCCCACCAAAGUUCACCCUAAAGGCUGGGCAGGUGGUGACGAUCUGGGCUGCAGGAGCUGGGGCCACCCAUAGCCCCCCUACUGACUUGGUAUGGAAGGCGCAGAACACCUGGGGCUGUGGGAAUAGCCUGCGCACGGCUCUCAUCAACUCCACUGGGGAGGAGGUGGCCAUGCGCAAGCUGGUGCGCUCAGUGACUGUGGUUGAGGAUGACGACGAUGAGGAUGGAGAUGACCUGAUCCAUCACCACCACGGAUCUCACUGCAGCAGCUCGGGGGACCCAGCCGAGUACAACCUGCGCUCUCGCACGGUGCUGUGCGGGACUUGUGGGCAGCCUGCCGAUAAGGCGUCUGCCAGCAGCUCGGCAGCCCAGGUGGGCGGAUCCAUCUCCUCUGGCUCUUCUGCCUCCAGUGUCACAGUCACUCGCAGCUACCGCAGUGUGGGGGGCAGUGGGGGUGGCAGCUUCGGGGACAACCUGGUCACCCGCUCCUACCUCCUGGGCAACUCCAGUCCCCGAACCCAGAACCCCCAGAACUGCAGCAUCAUGUAACCUGGGACCUGCCAGGCAGAAGUGGGGACGCAGGACUCCUGCUUUCUCCUCACCUCUUGCCCACCCCCUCCCUGCACGUCAUGGGAGGGGGCUUGAAGCCAAAGGAAAAUACCCCUUUGAUUUUUUUCUUCUGUAUUUUUUUUCUAAGAGAAGUUAUUUUCUACAGUGUUUUGAUACUGAAGGAAAAACACAAGCAAAAAAAAAAGGCCUCUAUCUCAAUUUGCUCUUCAUUUUCCCUGCUUCCAGGAAACUCCGUAUCUGCCUUAAACCAAAGAGGGCUCCUCCAGGAGCCAAGGGUAGGGGUGCUUUUACAGAGCCGAGUUUCUGCUUUUCUGCCCUGCUGCAGCCCCCACCCCGGGACCCCAUGAAUAUGGUGCCUGAGAGGCAGGUGUGGAGUCUUCUCUGCCACCCUCCAAGGGAAGAGGGCCGAGCCAGGCCCCUGGGCUGGCCCCCAUCCUUGCAGUGUACCUAACUGAGGCUCCUCUGCCUGCCCACCCCCGUCCCACUCCUGCCCCCAGCCCCGGGGUGACUUGAUUCUCCCAGGUACCAGCUGCGCUUGCUUUUUCUGUAUUUUAUGUAGACAAGAGAUGGGGAUGAGGUGGAAGGUAAAAGAAGGGGGAAGAAAGGUUAGUUUGAGCCUGCUUUCACCCAGCUUUAGAGCCAGGUGGUGUCUGCGCAGUCACUGGAGGCCAAAGUCAAGUGGGUGUAGAGGCGGAGGGAGAGGGAGGCUUACUAGAAAGGGUGAGAGCCUGCAGGGCCCUACCCCAGAGGAGGAAGGUGUGAAGGGGUGGAGGGUAUGUGGCAGUACUUUUUGGCAAACACUAAGGAUCCCCUUGCCUCCCCAUUUCCCAUCUGCACCCCUUCUCUCCUCCUUGAAUCAAUACACUAGUUGUUUCUA